UUUUUCUUUUGAAUUGUGCUAUUAUAAAAUUAAAAUUAAAAAAUUGUAGUUAAGUAAAAAUCAAAAUUUAUAGGAAAAUAAACAAUUAAUUUAUUUCUUUUCAUCAUAAAAAGUUAAGCUAUAUUUUUACGCUUUAGUGUAGUUCACAAAUAAGGGAGCGAAGAAGGAAAUACAUAAAUAUACAACGAGAUGUAUAAUCGGAAAACCGCGCGCGUUCGUUCCGCUUCGGCUCGAUCGAAGGAAAUGGGAAAAUCGAGCACCUCAAUCGCAUUUCAGAUUUCAGCGCAUCGUGAAAAAAGGUACAAACAAACACACAUACACACAGACAGACCCCCACGCGUUCGGACGUCCACACAUGCACACACAAAUUCACCGGCGUCUCGUCCGUUCCCGAUACAUCGUGUGUUUGUGUUUAUAAUGAAACAGCUGAUUUUGACGUUUUCGCCAGUACCCUCUCGAAAAGCGAUUACCGCGGAUUCUAGCAGUGCGUGCGGGAAAUUUCAGUGAAAUACCAGCCGCUUUGGAAAAGCCGAGGACGACAUGAGCUCGUUCCUGAAAGUGAUAAAAAACGUAGGGCCAAAGCUGGUGCCGUUCUUGAAAACAGUAGCAAUAUACUUCGUCAUUUUCAUUCCACAAGACAAACCGUCGAUAUUCAGCGUAAUAUUGAAAUGCCUACCGAUCAUUAGCCUCAUGCUAUUCGUCCUGCUCAAUGGAAUGAGCCUCAAAGAUGAAUACAAGUACUCGAGAAGGAUCCUGCUGGGGCUGGUGUUCUGCUGCAUCGGGGACGCCCUGCUGUUAUGGAACCAAUACUUCGAUUUGGGCAUGCUGGCCUUCACCGCUGGCCACAUUCAGUACAUUAGAGCCUUCGGUUUCGAGCCCCUUCAACUACCGAUCGGAGCAGCCUUGUACUCUGUAGCAACAUUAGUGGUGUUGUACCUCCUGCCGGAUUUGUACGGAGUAUUCGUGGUGGGAGUUCCGAUUUACGUGUUCGUAAUUGCCACGAUGUUAUGGAGAGCCAUUGCAAGAGUGCAAUUUUUCGAAGAUUUAUGGACCUGGAGCAAACUGUGCACUUGCGCCGGUAGCAUCCUGUUCGCUCUCUCAGACUUCCUGAUCGGAAUCGACCGGUUCAAAUACAAGAUCGAGUACUCGCAAGCGCUCAUUAUGUCUACGUAUUACGCAGCGCAAGUCGGGAUCGCCUUGAGCGUGAUCGAUGCCACUGCGAGCAUAAAAUCCGAAUAAUCCAGCGGAAACUUCGUAAUUAUCACUCACCAGUGUACCAUCACGUUAACGGUUUUUAGCUCAAGAGUAGGCCAAAAGUUUAGAAUAAGAUAGUUGUCGAUGUUCGAUUGUGCUUGGUUGGAUUUGAAAUAUUUUGAUUUUGCAAUGAGGCCAAAUCUGUUAUACAGCCACCUCCCCUAAGAAUCUCCUCCCCAACCGAUUUAUCCUAGAGAAGUUAAAUCCUUUUAGAUCGAUUGAUAUUAAAAUGUUUCGAGUCUGAGCUGAGCUACAUAAUAUAUUAUUCCACUAUGUAGGACGAAAUCAUUCUUCCUGAUUAAAACGUAGAAUAGUAAAGUGUUCAAACGUUGUCUCAUCAAUCACUUAACAAAUAGUUAAAAAUUACAUAGAUUGUAACUUAUUUAUUGCAAUAAAUGUAUCUUCGUUGGUAUAUUUCUUUAGAUAGAGCAAUUUGUCAGUUGUCCAAUCAUUUAUUAGUUUCUAAAUAUAAUUUCCAAAUCGAUAGUUGUAUUUAAUUAUUUAUGUUUCAAGGAAGUUUAUCCCUAUCUAGGAUAUUCAAUUAUUUAUCGAAUUUAAUGAUAGCAAAUAAACAGAUAAGUUCAAUGAAGGUAUGUUCUUAAUUAUUGCAAAAUUGUAGAGGAAAAUUCGAAUCGAAAAGUAAGUUAUUCAAAUAUAUUCAAUAUAUUCAAAACGUAAAUAUAGUAUUCAUGAAUAAAGUGCUUGAAGACUAAUUUUAUUCAAUGAAAAUUGACCUAUUUUGUUUUUUCCAGGGUGGGUAUUAAGGUAACAAAGUUUCAAACGUGAGAAAAUUAUUUAUUACGUUAAACUCUAAUCAAUAUGGUAAUUUAACACAACUCAAAUAUACUUUAUAGUCUAAUCCAUAUACAGAGUGUAAAAAAUGAAACCGAUGAUUCCACAUGGAAACUUAAUUACUCUAUUAUACACCCUAUAUAAUGAUUAAAUCAAUUAUUUACAAUAUCGAAAAAUAUAAUAGAUUCUGAAGGUACUUAUUACGAGUUCAUUUACAAUAUUUUGCUCUUCUACAUCGUAGUUUUCAUCAAAAAAUUGUAGAUGUGUAACUAUUUUCAAACAACAAAAUUGUACAAUUUUCCGUUUGAAUUUCGUAGAUUCUACAAUUUUACAAUGAAAUUACAAGUCUACUACAGUUUGUGUUAAAUUGCCAUAGGAAACUUGCACAUAAAUUUGGACGUUAGCCUUUUAAAUUUCUGUGUGAACUCUCAAACGUACCCACACAUUGUAAAUAUAAAAUAUUUUUUAUACAUAUACACAUACAUAUUAAAAAAAAUAUUAAUUUAAGUAGAAUCUUGAAAAAAUUUGUACAUUUUUCAAAUAAUGAAAAUACGUUUGUACAACGAAAAGUGGAUACGUGAAUUAGUGGAAAAUAAGCAAAAUUACCAUUUAAAAUUAUCGAAAAAUAAAAUUCAUAUUAACUGGAUUGCACUUUAAGAAAUAUAAUUCCAGUAUCCACUUGAUACUUAUUCCUUAAAAACCUAAAACAAACUACACUAUAUAAAAGGAAUACCUCAUUUGAAUAAAUUAAUGAACACAUUGAAGUUACAAAAAACUUUUAAAAUAAAAAGCAUUGGUUAACUAACAAAAUACUCGAUAAAUCACCAACGGAAUGCGCAGCAUACAUUAAAAAAAACUUAUAAACGUAAAAAAACAGUAUAACCCGUAAUUAAAAAUUCCGCAAAUAAAUUUACGUUUGCAAUUUAUUCACAUCAAUACUAGAAUAAUUUAGACAGAUAUUCCUUCAGCUUAAACCCUGAAACAUCGCUAAUACUAAUUUUAAAGUAUACAUUUUUAGGACGAGUCCCCUAAAGUCCUAUUGUACUUCCUACAUUGUGGCGUAGAAUAAUUUCCGCGCUUCAAUUCACUGUGAAACUGUCGUUCAUCCAAAGGUUCUAAGACCUCGUUCAUAGAUCGAGACGUCGAAGGGGCAUUAAUAUCCGCAUUAUAUUCAACCUGUGAAUAAUUCGACAGGAUAUUUUUCCCUUUAGCGGGAUUAACUGCGCUAUUCUUGGCGUUUUUCGGCCUCUUCUUCGAACUGCUGGGCGUACACGGUUCUUGUGAUCGUCUUUUUCUAUUCUUCUGCGAGUCUUCGAUCUGUUAAAAAUAGAAUUACAAACUGAAAAUAACACAACAAAGUAUACAACGCACCUCUCUGCUUUGCAGUACUCUGAUCCUGUUCAAUUUCUCUCUAAAGUCCUCUUCGGAAGGCGCAUUGUACUCGGCCAGAUGCUCGUGAUAUCUGUCUUUUUUCAACAGUUUCACGCUUAACGUGUUAUUGGACAAUUCACCUUGUUUCGCACCGCAUAAUUCAAUAUUGUAGGUACUCGCUAAUUGCAAGGACGCUAUGAAAUACC